AUCCGUGGUCUGGGAAGCAGCUGGGUUCCGCCCACCCAACGAACUGCCUGGGGUCGGAUGUGGGAGCUCCUGGGUCAGAAUUCCACUGGCUGUGUGCGGGGCGCGGUGCUCAUCCCCCUGCCCUCACUCCGAUCCGGCUGCCACUCACCAUGCGGGACGCGGCUGUUCUGCAUGCGCUCCUCUUGCACUGCCUGCUGCUGGGCUUCGCCGCUGCUCUGUCCCGACAGGAGCUCUUCCCUUACGGGGAGCACAGAGGGGAUCGGCUCCUGCCAGAAGGAGACGACGAGACCUCCGAUGUGGUGACGCUCAGCCAGCCCCUGCUCUUCUAUGAAGCCCAGUUUACCCAGCUCUAUGUUGGAACCAAUGGCAUCAUCUCAACCCAAGACUUUCCCCGAGAAACCCAAUAUGUGGAUGAUGGUUUUCCUACAGAUUUUCCACUGAUAGCCCCAUUCCUGUCUGACAUCGAUACAAGUAACAGCAGAGGGAAGAUUUAUUACCGCCAGGAUGUUUCUGAGGAGAUUUUCAACAUUGCAGCCCGCCACAUUGAUAGAGGUUUCCCGGAGGCCGCCUUCACCCCUACUAACGUUUUCCUUGUCACGUGGGAGAAUGUUGGCCCUUACGAAGAAGUCACACGCCAUUCUGCAUCUUCUAAUCGGUUCAAUACAUUCCAAGCGGUUCUGGCUUACGAUGAGUCGGAUGCCUACGCUAUAUUCCUUUAUCCUGAAGAUGGGCUUCAGUUUUUCGGGACACGUCCCAAGGAAUCCUACAACGUGAACCUUGAGCUCCCGGCCCGCGUGGGUUUUAGUCGAGGAGAGUCUGAAUCAAUGAAAAGGGAGGCUCCUUUUUACAGCGUGACCAGCAAUGAACAGUCUGUGAAAAACCUUUAUCAGUCAGGGAACGUUGGAAUUCCUGGCGUGUGGAUCUUUCACAUUGGUAGCAUUUCUGAGCUCGAUAAUGUAAUCCCAGCCAAAUUUGAGAAGCCUCCCACUAGCGAAUGGAUGGUACCACUGGACAAUUUGCACACCGGCCACACUGAAAUUCAGCCAAAUGAAAACCUAGACACUGAAGAAGGCAUCGACUACCCAGAGUCUUUCUAUGAUGAGAACGGGGAUGACUUGGAGUACCCUACCAGUGAAAUCACAGAACUGGAAACACACGAUCCAUACACGGAACGUGACCAUAACACUGGAUCUCAAGGCCCCCUAGACAUCGAGGACACUGAUUCAAAAACAUCCAGCUCAGAAGUUGAGUCUGACUUACAUUAUUCACCAGUAAAUGAGCCCAUAUCACCUUAUUAUCCAGAGGCAAACAUCCCAUACCAACCUACCGAGUCAGACAGAGAGGUGACGGAGCCUCUUGUGGAACCUCAAGUCCAUCCGGGAGAGAACUCUGUGACUGAUGAGUCCUCCCUUAAUAAAAAUCUCAGCCUUGAUCCGGAAAUUGGUGCUACGCCUGCAAAUCCUGAUGUUCUCACAGGGUACCCAGAUGGUGAACUGGAUUCAUUUGGUCAACCCCUUCCUGAAACCAGUUUCGGGAGGAGUCGCAUUCAUGGGGAUGUUGGAUUGGACGCGGACGUUUUAACUUACAAUCCUGUGAACAAAGAAACUUGUGAUCGCAAACACGGACACUGUUCCCAACAUGCUUUCUGUGCCGAUUAUUCCACCGGAUACUGUUGUCAUUGUCAUGACACGUACUAUGGAAAUGGGAUACAUUGUUUACCAAAAGGUGCUCCACACCGUGUUAAUGGAAAAGUGAGCGGACGCAUCCUCGUGGGGCAAACGCCGGUUACUUUUGAAGGUGCAGACUUGCAUGCGUAUGUCGUGGUAAAUGAUGGAAGAGCUUAUACAGCCAUUAGCCAAGUCCCCGAGCCAGCGUCUUGGUCUUUAGCACCAUUAACGCCCAUCGGAGGCCUCUUUGGUUGGCUUUUUGCCCUGGAAAGACCCGGCCACCUAAAUGGCUUCAGUGUUACAGGUGCUAAAUUUGUUCACAAUAUUGAAGUUACAUUUUACCCCGGUGAAGAGGUUGUUCAUGUCGUACAGACUGCUGAUGGCUUUGAUUCCGAGAAUUAUAUCAAUCUGAAAACUAAAAUUCAGGGGAAAAUUCCUUAUAUUUCACAGACCUCAACCAUCCAGAUCCACCCUUACAGUGAACUGUACCAUUACUCGGGGUCAGUGGUGACUUCCACUGCAACGAGAGAAUACUCAGUGACUCUGGAAUCUAAUGAAGUUCAAAGAUACUCUUAUCGCAUUCGCCAAAAUAUUACAUACUAUGACUGCAGCCACUCACAAAGAUUUCCUCCUAACGCACAGAAGCUGAGUGUGGAUCGAGUGUUUGCUCUCUACAACAAGGAUGAGAAAGUUGUGCGCUUUGCGAUCACCAACCACAUUGGAUCGGUUCAUGAAAUGGGUGGUCAGGAUUCUACAGAGGUUAACCCUUGCUAUGAUGGCACCCAUUUAUGUGACACAAAAGCCCGCUGCCAGCCUGCCUCAGGACUCAACUACUCCUGUGUGUGCGCAUCCGGGUUCCAGGGAGAUGGCCGCGAGUGCACCGAUGUUGACGAGUGUGAAGUUGGAAUACCCCGAUGUGGACAGAAUACUAUGUGCAUCAACCUUCCAGGAAGCUACAAGUGCGAAUGUCUGAAUGAGUACUCAUUUUCUGAAGACGGCCACAACUGUGUGUUGACGAGACCGCCAGCCAACCCUUGUGAAGAUGGCAGCCACACGUGUAACAGAGCUUCGUCUCGCUGCGUUCCUCGUGGAGACGGGGUUUUUACAUGUGAAUGUUUCCCUGGCUUUAUCAAAAGUGGAGAGAACUGCAUCGCCAAUUCUGACAUCUCCUGCUCAGAGAAGCGACGCCUGUUGCUAAACGAACAAGGACUCCAUGGCGCACGUCCUUUGGUUGGCAGUUUUGUACCUCAGUGUGAUGAUGAAGGAAACUACAGCCCAUUGCAGUGCCAUGGAAGCACGGGUUACUGCUGGUGCGUUAACAAAAAGGGCGAAGAAAUCGAAGGCACGAGAUCGCCCCCUGGUGGAUCAGCCCCACAAUGCAGCACUCCGGCCGAGAUAAAGAACACACCUUGCUUAGCAGAUCGUCGGCGUCUGCUUGAAGAGCUGAGACCCAGAGGCGCCCGUCCACUGGUGGGCAGUUUUGCACCCGAGUGUGAUGAGGAGGGUAACUACGUCCCGCUGCAGUGCCAUGGAAGCACGGGCUACUGUUGGUGUGUUAAUAGUCAUGGUGAAGAAAUCACUGGAACAAGAACCCCCCCUGGCAGAGCACCCCCUCAGUGUGGCAUUCCAGAGCCCACCCAGAGACCGCAGACCGUAUGCGAACGUUGGAAGCAGAGCCUUUUGGACCACUAUGGAGGGAACCCCACCGAGCAGCAGUAUGUUCCUCAGUGCGACCCGUAUGGUGACUUCAGCCCUCUGCAGUGUCAUGGCACCAGCGGCUACUGCUGGUGUGUGGAUAAAGAUGGUAGAGAAAUUCCUGGAUCUAGAACGGAGCCUGGAAUGACCCCUGCAUGUAUUCCCACUGUUGCCCCGCCGACUGUGCGGCCAACACCUCGCCCUGAUGUAACUGUUCCUGCGACCGGCACUUACCUCCUGUAUGCACAGGGCCAACAGAUCGGAUACUUACCUCUUAAUGGCACAAGAAUGAACAAACAGAAAGCCAGGACUCUGCUGUCACUUCAUGGUUCCAUAGUCGUGGGAAUUGAUUAUGACUGUCAGGAGAAGAUGGUGUAUUGGACAGAUGUGGCCGGGCGCACAAUCAACCGUGCAAGUUUGGAGCCAGGAGCCGAACCAGAGACUAUCAUUAGCACAGGUUUGAUGAGCACCGAGGGUCUUGCUAUUGACUACCUUAGAAGAAUGAUGUUUUGGACAGACAGUGGCCUUGAUAAAAUUGAGAGUUCUCGGCUGGACGGGUCUGAGAGGAAGGUCCUGUUUGACACACAGCUGGUUAAUCCUCGCGCUAUCACCGUGGAUCCCAUAAGAGGGAAUCUUUAUUGGACGGACUGGAACAGAGAGGCCCCUAAGAUUGAAACGUCUUUUGUAGAUGGUUCAAACAGAAGGAUUCUGGUGAAUGACGACAUUGGGCUACCCAACGGUCUGACUUUUGAUCCAUUCACCAAACAGAUUUGCUGGUCAGAUGCAGGAACCAAGAAGUUAGAAUGCAUCUUAUCGAACGGAACCGGGAGACGAGUCAUACAGAAUAAUCUCAAUUACCCAUUCAGUGUCGUCGCGUAUGCAAAUCAUUUCUACCAUACAGACUGGCGAAGGGAUGGAGUGAUAUCUGUAAACCGAGAGAGCGGACAGGUAACAGAUGAGUAUCUGCCUGAGCAGAGGUCACAUCUUUAUGGAAUAACGGCCGUGUACCCUUACUGUCCUUCAGGGAGAAAAUAAACACAAGAAAAAAGAUAAUAUAAAGAACAAAAAGUCCUAUAAGAAAACAGUAUCUCUCAGUGCCUCUAGAUCUAUUAAAAAGCUGCAAAAGAUAAGACACCAAGUGGAGAGAAACAGAGGGAGAAAAACCAAAACCGAUAUCAUUUGUAAAGCUUUUUUUACCUCAAUUUUUUACUACUGUAUUUUCUGUUUUUAAAGUGUUUUACCUGUAAAAAUGAAUAAGUAGGAUAGAGUAUUAUCAAUGUGGCAUCAAAGAUAGGAGGUUUAAUGAAUGGUCACAGAGAAUGCCGUGUGGGACCCUCCAGCACUAAAGUGGUUAAUUUUUAUUUGUAACAGUUUACUUUUUUAACUUUAUUUUAAAGGAUUUUAUACCCUUUUUGUACCCAAAGUAUGUAGUUUUUUUCACGUUUAUAGAAAAUCAAGCCGUGUCUACUGUUAAACAGUUAAGUGUAUAUUGCCCUGCCCUUAUUUGUACCAAAAAUGCAAGAUUUUCAAAUAAAUCACGUAAAAUACCCCAGUGA